GUAGAUGAUUAAACAUCACAACUACACAGUGCUCACACACGUACACGAUCGCAGGCUGGUAACAAAAUUUGGUGCUCAACGAGAGGAAGAGUAAAAUAGAAAGAAGGCUGCGAAAAGUUUUUUAGCCUUUGGAUGUUCGUUUUGAACAAGUUUGGAUUAUAAUUACGAUCAGCGUUUGGACGUGAAAAACGGUGGUGACGUUCCAAAAUGUCGUAUUGGAUAUAAAUUUUCAGUAGAGAAGCUUGCUGUAGCGAGAUUUGCUGCUGUGGGUGUGAAAAAAUAUUGAAUGAGCUUCGAUAGAAAAAAAGAAGGCCAAAUUUUCCUGUUGCAACAAAGUGAAGUCUUCAUUCGACGUUGUUUUUUUUCUAUCAAUCUGGUGCUUAGUGACGAAAUCAAGUGGGCUGUAUUGAAUUGUAUCAGAAAAAACGACAGUGUGUGAAUAACUUUUUCUUUAUCGACUGGUUAAAUCACGAAUAGCAAGACAUUCGAAGUAAAUAAUUCAAGCAAAACAAGCCAGAACAGAAGGUUGUCAGGAACGAGAAAAAAAAUAAAGAUGGAUUCCGAUGAUGAAAGUUUCGACGAGCACGACUCCGGAAAUGUUUCUAGUGGGGACGAUGACUUCGCGAUGGAUGUGGAUAUCAACAACCCUCGCGACCGAGGCCAGCAGGAGGAAGACUACCCAUACGAGGUAUUAACCACGGAGGAAAUCGUUCAGCAUAUGGUGGACUGCAUAAAAGAUGUUAACACUGUAGUGGAGAUACCAGCAACAACAACCCGGAUUCUGCUGAAUCAUUUCAAAUGGGAUAAAGAAAAGCUAAUGGAACGAUUCUACGACAAUGAUGAUGAUCAGGAAAAACUAUUCAAGGAUGCACACGUGAUCAAUCCAUUUCGGAAAACGAGUAGCACAGCCAGUAAGCCAAAGAUCAAAAAGUCUGGAACGGAGGAUUGUGAGAUUUGUUAUUCGUCUUUUCCUCCCAGUAUGAUGACUGGGUUGGAAUGCGGUCACCGUUUCUGUACACAAUGCUGGCAAGAGUACCUGACCACUAAGAUCGUUGAAGAAGGACUGGGCCAGUCGAUUGCAUGUGCGGCUCAUGGGUGCGAUAUCCUAGUGGACGACGUGACCGUGAUGCGGUUGGUACAGGAUUCGCGCGUCAAACUCAAAUACCAACAUCUAAUUACGAAUAGCUUUGUCGAGUGUAAUCGUCUCCUGCGCUGGUGUCCCUCAGUGGAUUGCAAUUAUGCAAUCAAAGUACAGUACGUCGAUCCUCGCCCGGUCGUGUGCAAGUGUAAUCACGUGUUCUGUUUCGAAUGUGGCGAGAAUUGGCACGAUCCAGUUCAGUGCCGUUUACUGAAAAAGUGGAUCAAAAAAUGUGACGACGAUUCUGAGACGUCCAACUGGAUUGCGGCAAACACCAAGGAGUGUCCGAAGUGUAAUGUUACGAUCGAGAAGGACGGUGGCUGUAAUCACAUGGUCUGUAAAAAUCAAAAUUGCAAGUACGAUUUCUGCUGGGUUUGCUUAGGAUCGUGGGAACCUCAUGGUUCGUCUUGGUACAAUUGCAAUCGCUACGAUGAGGAUGAAGCUCGCGCUGCUCGUGAUGCUCAGGAAAAGUUUAGAUCGUCAUUGGCAAGAUACUUGCAUUACUACAACCGUUAUAUGAACCACAUGCAAUCACUGAAGUUUGAACAUAAAUUGUACGCUUCGGUUAAGGCCAAAAUGGAAGAAAUGCAGCAGCAUAAUAUGUCCUGGAUCGAGGUUCAAUUCCUAAAGAAGGCUGUGGACAUUCUAUGUCAGUGCCGCCAAACGCUCAUGUGCACCUAUGUGUUUGCUUACUACCUGCGUAAAAAUAACCAAUCGCUUAUCUUCGAGGAUAAUCAAAAAGAUCUUGAGACCGCCACGGAGAAGCUUUCCGAGUUCUUAGAACGUGAUAUUACGUCGGAGAAUCUGGCCGACAUCAAACAGAAAGUACAAGACAAAUAUCGAUACUGCGAAAAGCGUCGGAAGGUGUUACUGGAUCACGUGCACGAGGGCUACGAAAAAGAUUGGUGGGAUUACACCGAUUGAUAGAAUAUUUUCGGCGAGGACGUUGGGAACUUCUCUCCCGGAAGUCUCCAAACAUGUUGAGUACAUAUUGGCACACACUCAAAAUCGAAUGAGUGGUGGUAAGUCAUAGCAAAACAAAAACGCAAACAAAAUAAUAGAAACAAAAAAAAUAUUGGCGACUCGAACAUUAUUGCACAGUUUAUCGACAGAAAUAGCAAAACAUGUAACAAAUCUGAAAAGUUGAAUCCGUAUAAGGUGUGCUUUUACUUUCGCUGUAAGCAUCCGAUUUUCAGAUAACUUAGAAAAGAAAGCGAAAGACGAAAUAUGUGUAAUGCUAAUGAUUAAGAAGUAAUGUUGUUAUUUAUCUGUUCUUUCUCGUUCAUUUUAUUCUUGCGCAUCCGAUUCGCUCACUUAAAGAAAGAACGGAGGAAAGUAUUUGAGUGCAUGUUCAAAGGCAAAAUCUGUUUUGAAAGUGUACAUACAUUACCGAUAUUUAUCGUUUAGAUGAACACACUGCAAAAGUUCUAUGUAUAAAGCGUUUAAAAUUUUAGUUUUGCGUGAGAGAUAAAAAAGUGUUUGAAUUACACGAAGUCUACUGAUCCAUGAGCGAAGAUUUGCGAUCCACGAAUUUAUGACAAUGUUCUCGUAAUAGUCAUCAAUAUCGUUUCCUCGCUCUUAACGAUUCUACAAGUGAAAUGCGGCAGUUUUGAACGACGACAGUCAAAAAAUAUGUGAUGUUUUUCUUCAUAAGUAAAUACUUCAAUGAAUCAGUGAUCUUCGUAAUGUCCAGAUUGUUAUCGACAGCUUGAAUUGUAAAUCGAUGGCGAAACACAUAAUCCUAGCAUUCUAAUUGUCCCUUUUUAUCGGUUUGUAACUUUACUAAGCCACACCAACCUAUUUUUUGGGUUGCCUAACCUAAGUUAACUCAGGUUUAUUGAAUUUUUCAUAAUUAAAUUUGUUUCCAUUUAGCGUGUAGUGACAAAUUCGAAUCAGUAAACCAGCCGUUAUGCAUAGUAAAAAUUCUUCAUUACAAUCAACAGGCUUGACCAGUUUUUUAUGUGAGUACUAUUUUUCGUAGACCCUAUUUCUUUGCAACGUGUUCGUAAUUUAUUUGCUUGUACCAUACAAACAGUAAUAGUGUUUGCGGCCGUAAAAGUAUACACUCUUAAAUUGAAGUAAUCUAAAACGAUUUACUUUUACGCACCCAAUCGAACCUUAUCAUCUUUUUAAGCCAUCUAAUUUUAAUCAAUAACAAAGAACACGGCUUGGCAAAAUGUCUCAGAAAUAGUGAACAUUUGGAUAUUACAAGAAUAAUAGUUUUUAUCUAGACUUUCGUCAAACUAGUCUUUUCCGUAACAAAACAAAAAAAUAUUUUUUUAUCACAGAAGAUUACUUUUUUCUAAGAGUGCACUCAUCUUUUCAUUCGCAAGCUUUUUAGAAUGCUUAGAACAGAUUUAAGCAGAAAAUAAAAAUCAUUAAAGUUUUUGAAAAAGUGAUAUAAAAUUUUAACGAAUCGAAAAAAAAGAAUAUAUAUAAAAAGUGAUGUGAAAGAGGUAUAUAAUAAAAAAAAUAAUGGAGAAAGUAACCAAUUAUAUUCGGAUGAUAAAAUGAAUAUGUUAGCACUUGUCAUUUUCUCAUUUGUUGAUUACAGAGAUAAAUGAAUUACUACAAACAUGAUAAAAUGCAAUGUAAAGCCCAAUCGGAUCAAAAAGCAGAAUAAAUAAGAGCUAAAAUUGAAA